CGGCGCCAGGUGGGCGGGCCUUUUCUCGCAGGGGACAUUUCCUCGUCGCGUUCCCGAACGUUGGCGAACGUCCGGGCCCGAAAACGCCUCCGAGCGUCCGUUCGGACGCGUCAAGAUGGCGCUCGCGUGACAGGUGGAGACGAGAGGUCGAAAUAACUCAAGACGAUGAGUCUGGAUGUGCUGUGCGAUUCGGACGUCGGCCGAUUCUUCGCCGACAAUUUGCUCACCAGCGAAGACUGGGACGCUUGUUUGUAUCGCUGCGACGGUGAUGACCACAUGGGCGUGGCGCCCGAGUACGACCCUUCGUUGGACAGCGAGCUGGUGCUGACGCUUGAUGGCGGCGCCCCUUUGUCACCAUGGCAACAGGCACAUCACAACCUGCUCACAGGGGGCUCGACGCGCGCAAAGAACCGAAGUGACCUCGACGAGCCGAUGGAGCUGAUGAUCCAGGUGAAACCCGAGCCGGCGUCUCCCGCGUCGUCGCCGGAGGCCGAGCGCUCCUCCCCGGACAAACCUUCGGACGGUCCGCUCGCCGUCAAAGGUGAAACCCCCCCCACGCCGCCCUACUCCUUUGGAGACGCGAUGUCGCCCCCGCCGGGCGCCGCGGAGGUCACCGCGCUGGCGCCCCACGUGGUGUUGGGCGCGCGGACGACGUUAAUGGCGCGACUCCCCGCCGUCCAAACGCGGGCCUCAGUCGUUCCGGCGCCAAAGAAGGGCCUCCUCGCCAAACCCCCCAUCCGGCCCCGGCCCGUCCACUCGGCCCCGCCCGCGUCGGCCGAGAGCCUCCUAUUGCACAACGUAACCGCCGCGGAGCCCUCGCGACCCGUGGUGUGCCUGACGUCCGCCCCAGCCGUGGUUAAGAUGGAGCCCGUCUCGCCCGCCGCCAAGCCCAUCGUCCCGGCGACCGCCGCCAAGCCCGGCAACGGCGGAAACAUCGACAUGAAAGUUCUGAAGCGGCAGCAGAGGAUGAUCAAGAACCGCGAGUCGGCGUGUCAGUCGCGCAAGAAGAAGAAAGAAUACGUCCACAACCUGGAGGUCCAACUGAGGGAGGCCCAGCAGGAAAACGUCCGACUUCGCCAGGAGAACCGGGAACUCAGGGACAGACUGGAGGCCCGGCAGGGCGGCGAGCCUCCCGGCAACAAACGAGCCGUGUGUGUCAUGGCUGUCCUUCUUUUUGUCACCUUCAGCUUGGGACCGGUCAGCAUCUUGGACAGGAAGUGGGCGACGGGCUUCAGGGAUAGCUCCAGGUCGUUUGCGGGUCGGCGGCUCCUGGAGAUGCAAACGGCGCAGCGGCCGACGCGUCGUCUCGAAGUCGAGACCGCCACGCGGGACAGAGAGACGGAAACGUUUGAGCCGGAAACGUUCCCGUUCAGGAACGCCAGCUCGGUCUUCGGCCCGGCCAAGGAGGACCACAAUCUGCUGCGGCGCCUGGAGAGAUACUUCAGCAGCGACGCGCACUGCCCACAGUUCAACCGCUCCGAGUCUCUAAGGCUGGCGGCAGAACUUCGCGGUUGGGUUCAGCGUCACCAGAUCAACCGAAAGAAGUCGGGCGGGAAAACCAAGAAGGCCAAAAUGGCUCAGCGGGCGCAGCUGAGGAAGGCCAACGUGUCGCGGUAUCUUCCCGUCCAGACGCACCGCUCCAUCGAAAGUCAGCUGCAGGUGGUCCCGGGGCCCGAGGUGACCUACAGCGACUUCCUGGACGCCAUCGACCGGCGCGAGGACACCUUCUACGUGGUGUCGUUCAGACGGGACCACCUGCUGCUCCCCGCCAUCAGCCACAACAAGACCCGCCGGCCCAAGAUGUCGCUGGUCAUGCCCGCCAUGUCGGUUAACGAGAGCGUGUACAACGCGUCGCACGGCUACGAGCUGAUGAUGCAAGUGGACUGCGAGGUGAUGAACACGCGGACCGUCCCCAUCAAGUCGUCGGCCGUCCCCCCGUCCCUGCGGGACCCGCCCCCGACGGCCCCGCCGCACGCCGCCGCCGCCAACCACACGGCACUGCGCGGGCGUCCCCAACACCACCCGUCGUCGGCCUCGCACGCCCGCGCCGACCUUCUCAUCGGCCGCUCGGCGGGCGUCUAAACGAGGAGCGACGGCCGGAUUUUCAACAAAAGAUGACGGUCGCGAGGCAGAGCUCACGGAAAUUUUUUUUUUUUUUUUUUUUUUUUAAAUGUUUGUAUAUGGUGGCAUGUAAAUAUUAUUAUUGUUUUUUAUGUUUUGCAUCAAAAGAAAAAAAGGUUUUGCGCAGUGACAUUAUUGGAGCCAAUGAGAUUCAGGCGGGGUGGGAUUAUUGCUAGUUGAAAGAAAAAAAAGUGUCAAAAAGUUUUCCCGUUUUGCCUGAAAAGAGCGUCAAGGUCGGCCAGCCCAGACGUCAAAAUCUCGGUGGCGUCAUUUCCUGUUUCUUGUUAAUCGCAAAUUUGAGCGCCGCCUGUUGGCCAACUGGAGCCCAAUGAGAUGGUCCUUAGUCCUGACACGAGCUCAACUAAAUCUUUGUGCGGGGGAAUUAAAAUUCACAUUUAAUAUUUA